AUGUCGUCGUCGGCGGUCCUCGCUGGAAUCUUUUGUAGGAAGCCUCUCUAUGACAAGGCCAUCGUUGUAAUCAUGUGUUUUGCGGUGGGGGUGAUACUUUUGACCUCACUGGUCCACGUGCUCCUCGACUCGUACGCUGCACUCGCCAAUGCCAUGUGGCGUCGCACCACCCCUGGAGGGACUUCCCCCUCGCGGGCCUCGUCAUGCUCUAUGUCUAGGACUGGGAGUGGGAAUGGAUCAGAUUCAUCAAAUGCCAAUACAGGCACAUCCACAGGUGCAGCAAGUAGAAGCAAAAAUGCUCCAGGAAAUAAGACUGAUAUUGGGUGGAAGCAUGGGACAGAUGUUUUAGGGAAUGGUAAAAAAGUUAAGUGCAACUACUGCUCAAAGAUCAACAAUGGGGGAAUUUUUAGAUUUGAGCAUCAUCUUGCUGGGACUAGAUGGAAUUUUGAACAUUGUGCUUCAGUUCCUGAAGAAGUUAAGAUGCUUAUGAUGAACGUUGUUGCAGAGGUUGCUAAUGCAUCAGAGAAGAGAAGAAAGUUGAACAGUAUUCAUGAAGAAGGUACUGAGGGAGUGGAAGUGGAGUCAAAUAGUAGUCAAAGUGGAAUACAACGAAAAGGGAUGCUUACUUUCAAAGGAAGAGGAAAAGCAAAAUUUGUUCAGGCUAGUGGUGGUGAGGGAGCUCAAGCAACUUUAAAUCAGUUAUAUAAAAAAGGUGACAAAGAUAAAGUUGAUGAUCAAUGUGCUGAAUUUUGGUACACAAGUGCCAUUCCAUUCAAUGUUAUUAAAAAUCCAACUUUUGCAAAAUUUUGUGACAUGGUUGGGAGAUAUGGGGUUGGCUAUAAACCUCCAUCAUAUCAUGAUAUCAAAGAGAAGCUUUUGAAAAGAGCAGUGACCAAAACUGAUGUAAUGCUUCAAGAAUUUAGGGAUGAGUGGAAGAAAACUGGUUGCUCAAUUAUGUCUGAUGGGUGGACCGAUAAAAAAAGACGUUCAAUUUGUAAUUUUUUGGUGAACAGUCCAAAAGGGACUGUAUUUCUUUAUUCAUUGGAUACCUCAGACAUCUCAAAAACAGCUGACAAAGUGUUGAAGAUGUUGGAUGAUGUAGUGGAUUUUGUUGGAGAGGAGAAUGUAGUGCAGGUGAUAACUGAUAAUGCUGCAAAUUACAAAGCAGCUGGAGAAUUAUUGAUGCAUAAACGAGAGAAUUUGUAUUGGACCCCAUGUGCUGCUCAUUGCAUUGAUUUAAUAUUUGAAGAUUUUGAGAAACAUUUGAAGGUUCAUCAGACUACUAUAACAAAGGGAAGAAGGAUCACCACCUACAUUUAUGGUAGAACAAUGUUGAUUAGCAUCAUGAAGAAGUUCACAAAUGGAAGAGACUUGAUUAGGCCUGGUAUGACUAGAUUUGCCACAGCUUAUUUAACUUUAGCUUGCCUUCAUGAAUUGAAAGCAUCAUUAAUGAGCAUGUUUAGCUCUGAAGAGUGGAAAACAAGCAAGUUUGGAACUUCACAAGAGGGAAGAAAAGUACAGAAUAUGGCUUUGGAUAGUCGAUUUUGGAAGAACGUAACCAUGUGCCUCAAAGUUGCUGCCCCUCUUAUGGUGGUCCUUCGAUUGGUGGAUUCAGAUGUAAAACCCGCCAUGGGUUUCAUAUAUGAGGAGAUGGAAAAUGCAAAAGAGAAGAUAAAAUGCAACUUUAAUAACACUAAGAAAAGCUAUGAGCCUGUUUGGAAAAUUAUUGAUGAGAGGUGGGAUCAUCAGCUUCACAGGCCUUUUCAUGCAGCUGCAUAUUAUCUUAAUUCUCACCUGCACUAUGAACCUACUUUCAGACAUGAUGACCUUCAGGUGAAAGAAGGGUUGCACACAUGUAUGAGAAGAUUGGUCAAGGAUGUUGCAGAAAGGAAAAAAAUUAAUUUGCAACUUGUUGAGUUUCAUUUUGCUAGAGGGCUUUUCUCUAUGGAAGAGGCAAAGGACAGUAGAAAAAUCAUGCAACCUGGAGAAUGGUGGGAGAUGUUUGGUGAUGGAACUCCAGAGUUGAGGAGAUUUGCUAUUCGUGUUUUGAGCUUGACUUGUAGCUCUUCUGGGUGUGAGUGUAAUUGGAGCUCAUUUGAAAUGUUAAAAAGUAAACAAAAUAGAAAAAGUAUUGCUCUUCCAUUUGAUGAGAUUGAAUCUGACAAUGAAUGGAUAACUGAAGAGGGAUAUAAUGAUGAGGAUGAGCAACCUCAAGCUGAAGGUCAUGGUGACAAUGUUGAAUUAGUGGGAGAUGUUGGAGGAAGUUCAAAUGAUCCAGUUGUAGAUGCUUUUGAUCUAGAUAAUUUAAUUUUCUUGGAACCUAAUGAUGAUGAUAAACAGUCUGAGGAAGACCUUGAUGAUGAUGGAGAUGGUGAUGAAAGUGAUGAUAUUCAUGGAGAUGAUCCAAUUAGAGGAUUGGACAUGCUUCUUUGA